AUGAAGAUACAGUCUAGUCUUGUCUUUGACAAAUGCUCUGGCGACCUAAUUGGUUUUAUUGACUUCGGUGAUCCAAUGGUCAAUUUUGCCUAUGUGGAAGAGGAAACUUUUGCAUCCCAUGCUCUUGCAUUUCUCGUUAGGGGACUGUGCACUGACCUCAAACACAUCAUCCCAUACUUUUUCACCAAAGAUCUGACAUCCUUCCAGCUAAUGCCACUGUUCUGGAGAGCUGUGUCUAUCCUCGAGUUGUCACUGCAGUUGUAUGUGUGUGCAGCUGUGAACGAUGGUGCAUCUGCCAACAGAAAGUUCUUCCGCCUGCAUUCACAACUGGCACAAGAUUUGAAGUGUGAUGUUGUAUACAAAACACGAAAUGUGUUUGCAAUGUCACGCUUCAUCUAUUUCUUUGCAUACUUGCCUCACCUCAUCAAGACAGCUCGGAAUUGUUUGUACAACUCCGGUUCUGGUUCCUGCAGCCGAUAUAUGUGGAACAAUGGACAAUUCCUGUUGUUUCGUCAUAUUGCUGACCUCUUUUAUAGUGACCAGGAGUUUGCACUUAACACACUUCCCAAGCUAACAAUGGAUCACAUCGUGUUAACCCCAUAUAGUAAGAUGAAAGUGAAACUGGCAAUGCAGGUACUUAGCAAGUCUGUGAUGAUUUCUCUUCAUGGGAAAGAAGAUGUUCAGGAGACAGCUAGGUUUUGUGGCAUGAUAAAUGAUUUCUUUGACUGCACAAAUGUUCGGUCAUUGACAGAACAUAUUAGAAAAAGAAAGCCAUUAAUCAAGCCAUAUACCUGAGCUGAUGACGAGGGGUUAUCUUGGUUGUUGAAUGUAUUUCUGGAAUACCUGAAUAGCUGGAAGAACAACAUCGCAACACGGCCUGGUACGUUCUCAGCUGAUGAGAGAGGCAAGAUGUUCUUGUCUCCGCAGACGUAUGAAAGAUUCAAGAUCUCAGUUUAUUCGCAUGUUGAAGCGAUCCAGUUCCUCUUGGAGAAAGGAUUCCAGUAUGUCUUGACUGAGCGAUUCAUGCAAGAUGUACUGGAAGACUACUUUGGGCACCAACGAAACAAAGGAGCAAGAUCAGACAAUCCGACAGCUCAACAAUUUGGAUACAAUGACCUAACUAUUGCAUCACAGUGA